AUGGGGUGGCUGCAAUCCCUCCUCUCUCCACUCAAGAAGUUCUGGCUCCGUUUGAAUUCAACUCAAAAGAAGAGAAGAGGGAUUUACAUUCUGUAUGAAGAUGUCAAGUCUUGCCCCUAUGAAGACGUGCACGUCCUCUGGUCAAUACUAGUGGAACCGCAUUCACCUUCUAUGCCUUCCAAAAAAAUGAAGGCCUUGGCCAGAAGACAAAGUUGA